GCUCAUUUUUCCCCAACAAAUCACAUUCACAUUCUUCUUUUGCUCCUCUAGAUUCCUCUGAGGUGAUCCUCAAAAAUUCAAACCCAUUUUUCUAUUUGCUUCUACACACUUCCUUCCCACCCAACCACCUCAAUCUCCAGGUUUUUCAUGGCGUAUUUCCAGAACGAUGACCUCGAGUACGUCGUCAACGACUACUACGGCGACGUCGUUGAGUUUGAGGAAGACAACGACGCUUUUGCUGAUAACCAGCUCCGCGGAAGCAUCCGCGAUUCCGACGAAGACUCGGACGACGACGACUUCGAAGACCGCCUUGAUUCGAGCAAGGUGAAGACUGAUACGUCGGCGUUGGAAGCCAGAAAUGGGAAGGAUAUACAGGGAAUACCGUGGGAGAGGCUCAAUUUCACUAGAGAUGAGUACCGCGAGGCGCGAUUGAAGCAGUAUAAGAACUAUGAGAGCCUUGCUCAGCCUCGUCAAGACCUCGAGAAGGAGUGCUUGCAAGUGGAGAAGGGGAAGAGGUUCUAUGACUUUCACUACAACACAAGGCUUGUCAAGUCAACAAUCGUUCAUUUUCAGCUAAGGAAUUUGUUAUGGGCCACAUCAAAGCAUGAUGUAUACCUGAUGCAGAACUUUUCAGUAAUGCAUUGGAACUCUUUGCUUAAGAGAGACACCGAAGUACUCAAUGUGGCUAAACCAAUUGUACCUACUGAGAAACGACCUGGGUUGUUGGCUCGGCCGCUCUCUAGAGUGCAGAUAAGCACUAUGGCUGUCAAGGAAGAUUUGUUGGUUGCUGGCGGCUUCCAAGGUGAACUAAUCUGCAAGCACAUUAAACAACCUGGAGUUGCUUUCUGCUCAAAACUAACAACAGAUGAAAAUGCCAUCACUAAUGCAGUGGAUAUUUUCCGAAACCCAACUGGAUCAAUGAGGGUAAUGACUGCAAACAAUGAUGCUCAAGUUAGAGUUUUUGACAUCGAAAAGUUUGCUUGCCUUAAUAGCUUCUCUUUUGAGUGGUCUGUAAAUAACACCUCUGUUAGUCCCGAUGGUAAGCUGCUUGCAGUACUUGGUGAUAGUGCAGACUGUUUGAUUGCUGAUGCUCAGUCCGGAAAAGCUGUCGGGGGCCUUAAAGGGCACUUAGACUAUUGCUUUUCCUCAGCUUGGCACCCGGAUGGACGAAUAUUGGCUACUGGGAACCAAGACACUACUUGUAGGCUAUGGGACAUAAGGAACCUCUCACAGUCCCUAGCAGUGUUGAAGGGAAGAAUGGGAGCAAUAAGAGCUAUAAAAUUUACCUCCGAUGGUCGUUUUAUGGCUAUGGCUGAACCAGCAGACUUUGUUCACAUCAUUGAUACCCAGUCUGGAUAUGCUAAGGGACAAGAGAUUGACUUGUUUGGUGAGAUUGCCGGAAUAUCCUUCAGCCCCGACUCUGAAGCUUUGUUUGUUGGGGUUGCUGAUCGCACAUAUGGUAGUGUAUUGGAGUUGAAUAAGAGGCACUAUAAUCACUAUCAAGAAAUAGUCUUCUAGUUCAGCAGUCAUCGGAAGAUGGAGGGGUGUAUAUUUAGCCAAGGUUUGUUUAUCCAACUGUAUUUAUCCGAGGAAGGGAAGUUCGUGCCUCCGGUAUUUGGGGUUUACUCGGGGUUAUUAUUCAGCCACCAAAUAUCAAAAAAAGAAAAAAUUGUUUCCAGUUUUGUUUCUUCAAGUCUUCUCAAGUCGAUGCAAGUCGCAGGUUUUGGCUUUUGUUUCUCCAUUUCUGUGAAAGGUUUUUUUUUGUUUUGUUCUAUUCAUCAAAGCAGAAAUGGAACUUGGUUUUGUAAAAAGCUCUUUCCUUUGGUUUGUAUAUUUGUAAACAGUAAAGGUUUCUAGUGCAUUUACUUUUUGCCUCAGUUCUUUACUGUCCGCGUUUCAUGUGUUGUAUGCUUAGACUAAAUGGACUGGCGUACGAUUCGUUUGAAGUUCUAUAUGCCUCUUCAUUUGGAU